AUGGUUUCAGUGAAACGACGGAUAUUCGAAUUGCAAAGGCUUUUCCGCCAUCAGUAUGUUUAUUGAGUAGUCGUUAUAUUUUAUUUAAAAAAUAUUGAUACCUAUAUUGCAGAACUUUUGUGGUAAUUCUUUUGAUAAUCGGCUUUAUCACGUUUCUAUCUUACAUUAAUACUGUUCGAGACAUCACAAAGGUAUUUUUUUUUUUAUUUUUUUUUAUUUCUGAGUUUAGAGUGAAGUAUUGGAGUCACAAAGAUUGGUUAGAAACUCAGAAAAUAGAGGUGACGCAGCCGAUGUUUUGCCCGGAGAGCAUGAUCCGGAGGUUGUUCUGAAGCCAGGAGUCCUUGGAAAUUUUGAACCAAAGGCUCUGCCUCCGAAGACUGGAGAAAAAGGUAUAGAUAUUAUAAUUUUAGGUAUAUCGGUAACGUUUUUUCUUUCAGGAGAUUAUGGAGAACCAAUUCAUGUUGAUAUGAACUCACCUGAGGUAGUGAAGGCUAUGUCCGAGUUUGGUUUCAACACUUUUGUCAGUGAUAUGGUCUCCAUGAACAGAAGUGUGCCUGAUGUUAGAAUGGAUGAGUAGGUUACAUGUUCUGUGGGUUGUCUUUGUUUUUAGACGUCGAGCAGUGUUAAACCUCUUUCAAUAGAAAAGAUGAGAAUAUGCCUGAUUAUUUUUAGGUGUAAGUAUUGGCAUUAUCCUGAAGAUCUUCCUACCGCAUCAGUUGUUAUUGCCUUCCACAAUGAAGGAUUCACUCCACUCCUCCGAACAGUCCAUUCCAUCCUUCUGAGAAGUCCUCCUCAACUUCUAAAAGAAGUUAUUUUGGUCGAUGAUUACAGUGAUAAAGGUGUGGAAAUUUUAUAGGUAUCUAGAAUUUUUACUUGUUUUAGAACAUUUAAAACAACCUUUGGAAGAUUACAUAAAACGUUUUGGAGGGAAAGUUAAGUUGGUCCGGAACGCAGAAAGGGAAGGUCUGAUCCGAACAAGAACUAAUGGAGCCAAGGCCUCCGAAGGUGACGUUGUAAUCUUCCUGGAUGCUCAUUGUGAGGUGAACUACAACUGGCUGGUCCCUUUGGUUGCUCCAAUCAAGUACAACAAGAAGGUGAUGACGGUCCCUAUUAUUGAUGGAAUUGAUAUGAACACUUGGGAGUAUCGACGGGUUUAUGGAGGAGCUGAUAGACAUUUCCGAGGUAUCUUUGAAUGGGGAUUACUUUACAAGGAAACGGAGUUGCCCGAAGAGGAAAAACGAAGGCGAGUUCACAAUUCGGAACCCUUCAGGAGUCCCACUCACGCCGGUGGGCUCUUCGCUAUUGAUAGGGAGUGGUUCAAGACCCUGGGCUAUUACGAUCCGGGACUUCAAAUCUGGGGUGGCGAACAAUAUGAACUGUCAUUCAAGGUAAGUAUGGUAUUAAUUGCGAUUUUGAGUUGUUCGUCACUUUUUUCAAGUUUUUUUGAUUUUUACCACGAACGGAAUUUCGGAAUUUUUCUAACAUAUUUGGUAUCAAACAAAAUGGCAGAAUAUGAGGAUUCAAGCAAAAAAAAGUCAUUUGGCGGGAAAAUAAAAAAGUUAUAUCGAAUUUAAACCGGUUGAAAAAAUUUGCGCACCUGUAUGUGAUAUGUUCUUGUAGAUUUGGCAAUGUGGAGGAGGUAUUCUCUUCGUUCCUUGCAGUCAUGUCGGCCAUGUCUACAGAAGUCAUAUGCCCUAUGGAUUUGGAAAACUGAGUGGCAAGCCGGUCAUUUCCACUGUAAGAUUUAUAUUAUCUAUGAGAUUCAUAAUGGGUUUAUUCGAUUUGCAGAACAUGUUGCGAGUAAUCAAGACCUGGAUGGACGAAUAUGACAAGUAUUACUAUAUCAGGGAACCUCAAGCCAUUAAACGAACAUGGGGAGAUAUCAGUGAACAGCUGGCGCUCAAGAAGAAUCUGAAUUGUAAAUCGUUCAAAUGGUUCAUGCAGAAUGUUGCUUAUGAUGUGGAGAGAAGCUACCCAUUACUGCCUGAUAAUGAUGUCUGGGGAGAAGCGAAGAAUAAGGCGACUGGGAAAUGUAUAGACACUAUGGGACAUGGAGUUCCUGGAAGAGUUGGGGCCACUCCUUGUCAUGGAUAUGGCGGGAAUCAGGUAAGAAAUGUGUUUACGUUAAUAAAUCGACAAAUUGUUGGCACAUAAAUUCAUCGUUUGAAAAUAAGAGAAAUUUAAUGUGAAUGGCGCGUGUUAAGAAUUUUUUACGCAAAAUUCUAGUUUGCAUUUUGUUAUGCGUUCGAAUAUCAUUUGCGUCGUCAAGGUGUGUUUCAAAUUUAAUUACCGCCCUGUGAUCGUAUUACAAAACGUAGCAGCCUCACUUUAUCCCAUUAAUUUUUUCUAUAAAUUUAAUUUUUUUUGCGUUCAAAGUUUAUAUAUGUGCAGAAGUUUGUACGCCAUAGAUUGGCUGAUGAAAUUUGGAAAGGAGAUCUCUGAGUUUGUAAUUUCUCUAUUUCAGGUGGUCAGAUUAAACAAGGCUGGUCAGCUGGCUCAAGGAGAAUGGUGCAUUCGACCGGUCGGUAAUGUGCUCAAGACUGGACAUUGUACUAAGGGAACGGUGAACGGACCGUUCCAAUAUGAUAAAGUAUGUUUAGAUUUUUUUUUGUUUUUUUUACGUUAUAAAAUCGUUUUAGAGAAGUCGGAGCAGGGUUUUUGAGUUGUUCAUGCACUUUCUUCUUGAGAAUUAAUAGUAAUCUUUUUCAGGACACCAAACAAAUCAAGGACAACUACCGAGAUAAAUGCCUCACAGUCCGAGAUGACGGUGGCUCCGAUCUCCUGGAAGAAGAAUGCAAUCCCCUAGAUCCCAAUCAGAAAUUUGUUUGGACCCCCAAAUAUUAA